UAGCUACCGAACCUACAUCAAUAGAUCGUGUUUUUCCUUGCCAUCUGUGCAAUUUGUAUCUUUCCUAUACUUAAGUGGUAAUAUUAUGAAACAAAUAUAACAAUACUAUCGACUUCAUAUUUCCAGGUCUUUAAAGCAAAGUAGCUGGCGAAAUAAUUCCGUAAGUUUAGCAUUUUAGCUAGCAUCGUGAUCGAAAUGAAUGAGCGCUAGUAAAGAAUGAACGGUAUCCACAUUUGACAGGUUGUGAAGUGUGUUUAUAGGCAACAUACCAAAUAUAAUAUAACAAUGACCACUGGUGCUGAUGUUCGGGAUAUUUUGGAACUGGGUGGAGGGGAGAACGAUGGUCCCAUCAGCAAGAAAGACCUCAUCAACUCGGAUAAGAAAAAAAGCAAGAAGGCAACAGAGACUCUGACCUUCAAGAGACCUGAAGGAAUGCACAGAGAGGUUUAUGCACUGCUGUAUUCAGAUAAGAAAGAUGCACCUCCUCUGCUGCCUAGCGACACGACUCAAGGUUAUAGGACUGUCAAGGCCAAGCUUGGAUGUAAAAAGGUUCGUCCCUGGAAGUGGAUGCCUUUCACAAAUCCAGCUCGCAAAGAUGGAGCCAUAUUCCACCACUGGAGACGAAUGGCAGAAGAAGGCAAGGAUUACCCUUUUGCUCGUUUUAACAAGACAGUGCAAGUGCCAGUAUAUUCUGAGCAAGAGUAUCAAAUCCAUCUCCAUGAUGAUGGCUGGACUAAAGCCGAGACAGACCACCUGUUUGACCUGUGCAAGCGCUUUGACUUACGUUUUGUAGUUGUGCAUGAUCGCUAUGACUACCAGCAGUUCAGGAAACGCUCCAUAGAGGACCUGAAAGAACGAUACUAUAAUAUUUGUGGUAAGCUGAACAAGAUCAGGGCAGCAUCUGGGACAGAGCCCAAGAUGUACAUCUUUGAUGCCGGCCAUGAAAAGCGCCGCAAAGAGCAACUGGAGAAGCUGUUUAACCGCACACCUGAGCAAGUGGCAGAAGAAGAGUAUCUUAUUCAGGAGCUAAGGAAGAUUGAGAACAGGAAGAAAGAACGGGAGAAGAAAGCCCAGGAUCUGCAGAAGCUCAUAAAAGCAGCUGACACAACCACAGAGUUGAGGCGAGCGGAAAAGAGGGUUUCUAAGAAGAAACUUCCUCAAAAGAGAGAAACAGAAAAACCGGCUGUUCCUGAGACUGCUGGCAUCAAGUUCCCAGAUUUCAAAUCAGCAGGUGUCACACUGCGCAGUCAGAGGAUGAAACUGCCAAGCUCAGUCGGCCAGAAAAAGAUCAAGGCCAUUGAGCAGAUUCUGGCAGACCAAGGAGUGGAUCUUAACCCCAUGCCUACGGAGGAGAUCGUACAGAUGUUCAACGAACUUCGUAGCGACCUGGUGUUGUUGUAUGAACUCAAGCAGGCCCACAGCAAUUGUGAAUAUGAGCAACAGAUGCUUCGGCAUCGCUAUGAGGCCCUGCUGAAAGCUGGCAGUGCAGCCAGCUGCGGAGGUACCACAGGUGGAGGUCCAGCAGGCGUCCAACAGAGUGGGGAGAUCAGUGCCAUAAACAGUACGUCAUCUGCCCCUGGAGCUGAAGCUCAGUCCUGGCCCAGCGCAGAUGAUAUCAAGUUGGAACCCAAGGAGCAGAUCAUUGAUGUUGUGGGUGCACCUCUUACCCCUAACUCGCGCAAACGGAGAGAAUCGGCUUCCAGCUCAUCUUCAGUGAAGAAAGUGAAGAAGCCUUGAUGGGAACCGCAGCCUGUGCACUCUGGAGGACAAAUGACUGUGUUACUUAUUCUGAUGACGGUGGAGUGCCCAUGAGCAUUAUGGCUGGACGAGACCGACACAACUGAGCCGGUCACCACAUUAUUGCAGAUGCACCACUGACACACAACUUCUCACCUGCUAACGAGACCUCUCCAGAUCCUCCUCAUCUGGCUGUGACAAAGGCAAUGACUGAGUGACAUUCCAUUCCAUUACGGCUCGUCUCCCUGCCUCCAACCGGUUGGCCAUAGAUGAGGCAAGAGCAACUGUAAAUUGCCAGGCUGAGCUAAUCGGGACGGGGUGAAGAAGGUGGGAAUGACUGGGUAAUUGAAAUGAAUUGGAAUGAAACAACAGAGUCGGGGAGUGGGAGGACCUCGAAUCGCUGUACUCAUUUGAGCCAUCUGAUGUUUUUUUGUAGUCUAAUCA